AUGGGCAAAGUCUCUAUAAGUGGGCGAGCCUUUGAACGAAUGCCUAAUCAUCAAUUCUUAAAGAUAUGGAAUUCAGGAAAUGGCAAUACACUGAGAAUAGCAAAGGACAUGAAAUCUCAUCUAAAGUUACUCUAUUGGUCUGAUUACCCAAGAAAACAUCUUCCUCCAAAGUUUCAGCCUAAAAAUCUCAUCGAGAUUUCGAUGCAAAAUAGCCACAUUCUUGAAAAGAUAUGGGGUGGAAUCCAGCCCCUUCCAAAUCUCAAGAAUAUAACUCUGAGCCAUUGCUCGAGGUUGAAAGAAAUUCCAAAUCUUUCCGAGGCUACUAAUCUUGAGACACUAUCACUUUCGUCCUGCUCAAGUUUGGUGGAGCUUCCGUCUUCUGUUAGGAAUCUACACAAACCGAAAGAGUUGGACAUGAGCUACUGCAAAAAGCUACGAGUUAUUCCCACCAACAUCAACUUAGUAUCUCUUGAGAUCGUCAACAUGAGUGAUUGCUCCCAGUUGAGAACGUUUCCAGACAUUUCUAGCAACAUAAAAUAUCUUUAUGUGACAAACACAAAGAUAAAAGAUAUUCCUCCAUCCGUUGUUGGACGCUGGUCUCGUCUUGAAUGGCUUAAUAUGGGCAGCAGAAGGCUCAAGAUAUUAACAUAUAUCCCGCUAGGUGUGACAAAUCUAGAACUAAGCAACAGUGAUAUAAAGUGGGUUCCAGAUUGUGUCACUGGUAUCCCUUGUCUUAAGUCUCUUAACAUCAGCAACUGCAGAAAGCUAGUGUCACUGCAGAGUCUCCCGCCUUCGCUUCGGAAACUCUAUGCAAGUUUUUGUGAAUCCCUCAAAAGCGUAUGUUUCUCGUUCUAUGAAACGAAGAAUAUAUCUUCUUUCUACGAUCCAACCAGAGAAGUCAGGUUUGUCAACUGUUUGUCAUUAGAUGAAGAAGCAAGAAGGGCAAUCAUACAACGAUGGGAUUACAAGUCUUUAUUGUUACCAAGUAAAAAAGUCCCUGCAGAGUUUACUCUCAAAGGCAAUAAAAACUCCAUAACCAUCUCUUCAAUGACUUUCUCUGCAUCAUCAAGAUUUAAGGCUUGCCUCCUGCUUUCUCCAACCCAACCGUUCUUCUCCCACAAUUUUGUUUGUCGUCUAAGUAGCAAAGGGGUUAUCAUCGACGAACUUAAAUUCUCUUUGUGGAAUCUUCAACUCUUAACUGAACACUUCGUAGUAUUUUCUGGGGACCUAUUUGAAGAACACAUAUCCCUUGAAGCUGAUACGACUAGCAGCGACAUUAUGUUUGAAUUCAGCGGCAGGAGAGACACUUGCUGCAGGGGAAACUAUGACAAGAAUACUGAUUAUAUAAUUAUUGGGUGUGGAGUACAGAUCUUGGCAGAGGAAGGGGAGAGUAGAGCAGCAGAUUUAAAGAGCACAAGGAUGAAGCCAUUAAGAUCUCUAAAGAUGAAAGUGUGGUAA